AGCUUAAUCACUGAGCCACCAUGGCUGGGCUUAUAUAGAGAAGUUGACAAGGUAUUGUACCAUCUUGUUUUGGUAACAUUAUUUUCCUACUGACGGUAUAUCUGAAAUACUUUUCAUAUUCUAAGUAUUCCAACUUAGCAGUAAGUAACCACUGACCUUGGUGUUCUGCAUUGAUAGUGUGCAUAUGUUUAUGGGGUCAGCUUUUCCUCUCCGCCUGCCACGUCCUCUGGAGGCCAGAAGAGAUUUGCGUUUGGAUGAUGCAGCCUCUCCUAACCCUGGACAGUGUGACUGGAGGGAGCAGGAUGGACUCCAAGUGAGGCUAGCUCCGCCUUCUCCAGAGUCUGUCUGCAGUGAAGGAAGCCCUUAGACAACUCAUCAGGUCCUGAUUCUGAAACUAUGGCCCACGGUCCCGUGACAUUCUCAGACGUGGCCAUCGACUUCUCCCAGGAGGAGUGGGCCUGCCUGGACUCCACGCAGAGGGACCUGUACUGGGACGUGAUGUUGGAGAACUACAGUAACUUGGUCUCCCUGGAUUUGGAGUCACCCCAUGAGACCAAGAACUUACCUACAGAAAAGGGCAUCUGUGAGAUGCGUUUCUCCAAGUGGAACUCAGACGGGAAAAGCAAGUCCCUUGGCCUUGACUGGGUGUGUGAAGGUGAGUUAGCAGGGGCGCGGGGCCCUCCAGGGGGGAAUCUCAGCAGACGGAAAACCAGCCGUGCGAAAGCGCCCGCUGGGGAGGAGGCCUCGGUCAGGCCGCCCCAGAGACCUCCUCGCAGGGAGAAUGCCUAUGAGUGCACGGAGUGCGGGAAGGCCUUCAGCCGUGGCUACCAGCUGACUCAGCACCAGAAAAUCCACACGGGCGAGAAGCCCUACCAGUGUAAAGAGUGUAAGAAGGCCUUUCGCUGGGGUAACCAGCUGACUCAGCAUCGGAAAAUUCACACUGGUGAGAAGCCUUAUGAGUGUAAGGACUGCGGGAAGGCCUUUCGCUGGGGCUCGAGCCUCGUCAUUCACAAGAGGAUUCACACGGGCGAGAAGCCCUACGAGUGUAAAGACUGCGGGAAGGCCUUCCGCCGCGGGGACGAGCUCACGCAGCACCAGAGGUUCCACACGGGUGAGAAGGACUAUGAGUGCGGGGACUGUGGCAAGACCUUCAGCCGCGUGUACAAGCUCAUUCAGCACAAGCGGAUUCACAGCGGCGAGAAGCCCUACGAGUGUAAAGACUGUGGGAAGGCCUUCAUCUGUGGCUCGAGCCUGGCUCAGCACAAAAGGAUUCACACGGGCGAGAAGCCCUACGAGUGUCAAGAAUGCGGGAAGGCCUUUACCCGUGUCAAUUACCUUACUCAGCAUCAGAAAAUUCACACUGGUGAGAAGCCUCAUGAAUGCAAGGAGUGUGGGAAGGCCUUCCGUUGGGGUUCCAGCCUCGUGAAACACCAGAGAAUCCAUACGGGGGAGAAGCCAUACAAGUGCACGGAGUGUGGGAAGGCCUUCAACUGUGGCUAUCACCUGACCCAGCACGAGAGAAUCCACACUGGCGAGACGCCUUACAAAUGUAAGGAGUGUGGGAAGGCCUUUAUUUAUGGGUCCAGCCUGGUGAAACACGAGCGGAUUCAUACCGGAGAGAAGCCCUACGAGUGCAAAGAGUGUGGGAAAGCCUUUAGCCACGGCCACCAACUCACACAGCAUCAGAGAGUGCACAGCAGUGUGAAGCUGCAUGAGUGUCAGGACUGUGGAAAGGCGUGUGGCCACGCACACCAUUACAGAGGACACCAGGGGCUCCACGCCGUGGGCAUGGAGACCAAACCUUUCGAAGACAAAGAAUGUUCAGAGGCCUCUAGACAGCACUCGUUUCUUCCACAACACGAGGCAAAUUCGUGAUACGAUUUAACAUAAUGAAGUCGUCAUCGGCCACUCUUCUUCCAGAAUCUCAGGAUAGUCCUGCGAGAGGCAGGUUUGGAGACGAGAAGUCACUUUUCCUCCCUGAUCACAACAGACUCAGUGUAGACAGUUUGUUUACUGGAUGGGUUAAUGGACGCAUAGGUUCCCAGGACCUUUUGAUUUCAUUUCAGAUUCAUUCUGGGGAAUAACUGCUGAUGUAACAUACAUGCAAUAGCCUUUCCUUGCCAGGCUGUCUCCUCAGCCCCCCUCACUCACUGUGCCUCGGGGGAAAUGACCUUUAACCCCUGUGCGGAUCUGUGACAUCAGGACAGCCACCUGAUACUGCCCGUGGGCCAUUAGACAAGUCUGGUAUGUGGAACUUCCUGCAAGUGUAUCUGGAAUAUUGUGCAAACUCAAUAAACAUUAGCUGCGUUUCUGUCGUCAUUACCCUC